CUGCCCCUUUAGCAAGGCAAGCGGAGGCACGCGAGGACAGACUCGGGGCUCCUGGUUUCCUCCUGCUGCUCUUUGCUCCUUGCUCAUUUUCUCGGCAUUGGUGUGAGCUGCAGGUGUCCUUCUGGGGGGACUGUCUGCUUCAGUAAGGUCUGGCCACGAGAAAACGUGGCUCUCUGCAAGCAGCGCCGGAGGAAGAACGUGGGGCUGUCCUCUUGCCUGCAAGGAGCUCAGCUCUGCGAGGCCCAGAGCUCAGCAGUUACCUCAGCAGCACUGCGCCCUCCAGCCCUUCUGCCCUCCUCGGCAGAGGGGACAGCACCGUGUCCUGCAGGUGUUAGGGAGCACGUCGGGCUGCCGCUUGUUGCUGCUGUCCCUGAACAGCCUCCAAAUCCUCACCGAGGGCCUCUGGGAUUCUCUGGGCACGCGCAGCGAUGCUGUUUUGCUGCCCGUCCCUCGGGGAGUUAGGCUGCAGACUGACAGACAGAGAGCAGCUGGAAAGUGUUCCUGCGGUCACUGCUCGGCUCCAGAGCCUGCUGCUCGGAGGCUGAAGCCCCACGGGGGCAGCUGGCCCAUGGCCCCCAAGCGCCGAGCACCCCCUCAACCCCAGCCUGCAGAUGGGAGCAAGAAAGCAAAGGGGGGGCAAGGGGAGGAGGAGGAUGCCUGGAGCUCUGCGCUCACCGCCCUGAAGACAGCCCCCAAGGAGAAGCCCCCCGCCACCAUUGAUGGGCAAUGUCCCCUGAGUGCGGGGCCAGACGCCCAGGUCUAUGAGGACUAUGACUGCACCCUGAACCAGACCAACAUCAGAGCCAACAACAACAAGUUCUACAUCAUCCAGCUCAUCCAGCACGACGGCGCCUACAGCACCUGGACCCGCUGGGGACGCGUGGGAGAAGUGGGCCAGUCCAAGCUCCAGCCCUUCACCUCUCUGGAAGCUGCCAAGAAGGAUUUUGAGAAGAAGUUUCGGGAAAAGACCAAGAACAGCUGGGCUGCACGGGAGAACUUUGUGGCCCAGCCGGGGAAGUACACGCUGAUCGAGGUGCAGCCCGGCGCCGGGCAGGAGGUGGAGGUGGCCCUCAGGGUGGAUGGCGUGGGUGAUGAGAAGGUCCCCAAGCGCCGUGUGCUGCCUUGUGCCUUGGACAAGCCCACGCAGGACCUGGUGGCUCUUAUCUUCAGCAGCGACAUGUUCCACCACGCCAUGCAGACCAUGAAUAUCGACGUGAAGAAGAUGCCGUUGGGGAAGCUGAGCAAGCAGCAGAUUGCUCGGGGCUUCGAGGCACUGGAGGAGCUGGAGGCAGCGCUGGGGGAGCGACCCCGCAGGAUCUCCCACCUGGAGGAGCUCUCCUCCCGCUUCUACACCAUCGUGCCCCACAACUUCGGGCGGGCACGGCCACCCCCCAUCGAUUCCCCCGAGCUGCUGCGUGCCAAGAAGGACAUGCUGCUGGUGCUGGCUGACAUCGAAGUGGCACAGAGUCUGCAGGCACAGAAGGUGGAGGAAGAGGAGGAGGUCGCCCACCCCCUGGACCAGGACUACGCCCUGCUGUGCUGCCAGCUCACCCUGCUGGAGCCAACCUCUCGGGAGUAUCAGCUGAUCCUGAACUAUGUGGCACAGACAGGGGGCCAGGUCCAUGUCCUCAACGUCUGGAUGGUGGCCAGGGAGGGUGAGGACAAGAUCUUCCAGGCCCACGACCACCUGGAACACCGACGCCUGCUGUGGCACGGCACCAACGUGGCAGUGGUGGCAGCCAUCCUGAGGAAUGGGCUGCGCAUCAUGCCCCACUCGGGCGGGCGCGUGGGCAAGGGCAUCUACUUUGCUUCUGAGAACAGCAAAUCUGCCUGCUACGUGGGCUGCACAUCCCAGCGGGUCGGCCUGAUGUUCCUGACGGAGGUGGCUCUGGGCAAGCUGUACCGCAUCACCAGCGACGAUCCCACGCUGCGGCAGCCCCCCGAUGGCUAUGACAGCGUCCUGGCCUGCGGCCGCACGGAACCAGACCCCGCACAGGAUGAGGAGGUGCUGCUGGAUGGGAAGAAGGUGCUGGUGUGCCAAGGCAAGCCUAUCCCCAUGCCUGCCUACAACGACUCGUCCUUCUUCCAAAGCGAGUACCUCAUCUACCAGGAGAGCCAGUGCCGGAUCCGCUACCUCGUCCAGCUCCGCUUCUGAGGGCAUCGGGCUCCUCGCUUCCCCUCUUGGCAGCAGAGUGCCACCAGCCUGGAGUGCAGGAAUCCAUAUGGCCUCUCACUUGGGUGUGGGAUGGGGCAUCCAGCCUGCUCCCAUGGUCAAUAAAUCCACUGUGCCUCGCA